AUGGCCAGCGGCAAGGCUUUGUAUUCUAUAGCCGUGGUUGUUCUUGGCUUUAUCUGCUUUGUCGUUGGAGCUGUAGCUGUUGGACUACCUACUUGGGGACAUUUUUAUAGUAUAGACAAUCCAAACUUCGAUCAAGGCUACUUCGGACCAUGGCGGGUGUGCAAGCGAUUGCUGUACUACAGGGAGAAAUGCGGCACGGACGUAUCGAAGUUCCGACCAUCAACGGCGGUAUAUAUAGCGGGGGUCGUCGCGUCGAUCGGUGUAUCAAUUCUGGGUGUGUUCUGCAUACUGUCUGUACUGCAGCUGGCCAUGAUCUCUUCAAAAGAACGCGUCGCCUUCAAAUAUACCCAUCUUGUGAUGACGAAGUUAGCCCUGUCGCUACUUGCAACAUUACUUUCAAUAGCAGCAGCCGGUCUGUUCGCUGUGCAGGGCGAUGACAGAGGGUUUUAUCUGGUCAGGGGCGAAGCGUUCUAUGUACAGAUAGUAUGCAUAGUCAUAAACUCCGCGUUAUUUAUAAUGUCGUUCUACGACACAUUAUUUUCACGAAGAACUGGAGGGGACCCAACAAAUGCUUUGAGUGGAACAGAGGCCGGUACUACGAUAAACAAUCCCGGGUUCAAAGACAGUAGAGGUAUAUCAAUGACAGAUGCAUCAGGAAAGCCAUACAGUACGAACGGUCACGGCAGUGUGGCAUCAAUGAACACUACUGCUACAACGUUAACCGGUCUCUCCGAUGCGAGUACAAUUACAAGAUCCCCCUUAAGAUCUUCCCUAAAGAAACCAAGGCCAAAAGAGGGUGAACCGGGGGGUAUGGGCAUACAAAACCCAGGCUACUCCGGUCACUCCCCCCCAUUAAAUCGCAAUGGCAGCCAAAAAAAGGUACGCAUUCAAACACACAGUACUGAAGUG